GUCGAUGUCGCUCACGGUGUCUGAGAACAACACGGGUCUCUGCUACAACUCCAAGAUGAGGUACUUCGAGAAGGCCGAGCUGAGUAAGAGCAAAGACAUCCUCUGUCCUGACAUCGAUGACUACAUACAGAGUGGAAAAGAGCCAGAGAUCACAUGGUACAAGGAAUGCCGGCCGAAACAGUGGAGACAGAGCAUUGUCAGGAAGGUGGAUGUGCUCUCCAUCAAAGACGUACGGGAAGACGAUAUCGGGAAUUACACCUGUGAAUUACAGUUUGGGAGUUUUGUGGUGAGGAGGACCACUGCUCUGUCUGUCACAGGUAAGAUGAGCUCUUCUAAACCAGGUGUGGAGGUAUUUCCUGAAGAGUUUAGCUUCAUCCCUCACUAA